AUGUCAUCAGCGUAUGAGCGAAGUUCGUCUGAACUGCGCAAAUCUCUUGUCUCGGUGCUGUAUCAUGGUCUUCUGUCUCUGACUAGAGGCGACAAGCCCAAUUAUUCUCUGCUCUUCGACCAUCUUUAUGGCCUGAAGAACCAAGCUGGCAGCUCGCAAGUAUCAAUCUUGGCAGAUCUCGUCACCAACACUUCUUUGCUAUCCAAGCUAAGAACAGCUGUCAUGGGAAAGAAUGCGGAGCGAGCACAAAACCUGGCAAACACUCUUUCUUCGUUCGUCUCGCCUUCGAUUGCACGACCCAAGAAAGUGCGUAAGGUCAAUAAGGGAAAAGGAAAGGCGACAACAGAAGAGUUUGGCCAUGGCGUCUUCUCAGGCGAGCACCACGUUCAUCAGAUGAGCCUCAUAUCACAGAUUCAAGAUCUGUUCCCGGAUCUUGGUUCAGGAUUCAUCGCCAGACUGUUAGAUGAAUAUCACGAGGAUGUGGAGCAAGUAACUGCCCAUCUUCUAGAUGACUCGCUGCCAAACCAUCUACUAUCUCUCGACCGCACCGAAGAACUGUCUACACCGAAGGCAGAUGCUCAGCAUACAGAGCAGGAAAAGAUCGAUCAUCUGGCACCGCGCAGCACACCGCCUCCGCAACGCCGGAAUGUCUUUGAUGACGACGAGUUUGACAGACUCGAAGUGGAUACUUCUCGCCUGCAUCUUGGCAGAAAAAACGCAAAACUUACUGCGGAUGCUCUUUUAGAAGACAGAAGCUCUGCGCCCGCCAAAAGCGCGAUCCUUUCCGCUUUGGCUGCGUUCGACUCGGACGAUGAUGAACGAGAUGAUACCUAUGACGAAGCUGAUGUGGGAGGCUACGUUGAUGCUGCCAGACCAGAUGGCGAAGAAUCGAGAGAGACAGAUACAGGCAAUCAGGGAGAGAAUGAGGAGGCAUUGUUCCGCGCCUGGCGUAUGGACCGAGGAGUCUUUGAGCGGUCAUCAGACACUCGUCGCAGCGCAGCUCGUGCCGCGCUCAAGAACGAGACAGGAAUGCAAGAUGAGGCUAUUGAAGGCUGGGCAGUCAUGCUUGGCCGUGACCCAAGACGCCUCAAGCGACUGGAAGCAAGAUACUCUGCCUUCAGUGGCGCACAACCAGAGCUGGAGAGGACCGCCUAUAGAGACAGCGAAGCCACGGAAGACUCAGACAACGGAGCUGCAGGAAGAGGUGGAAGAGGGGGCCGUGGAAGAGGUCGUGGUGGACGCGGACGUGGGAGGGGCGGUAGAGGCGGUGGUAACCCAGCCGGACCUCCUAGCGAAAGCAAUACUCAGGCUGCUAGACAACGAAAAGAGGCACGCGGAUCAAAUCGCAGGGAAGGGAGAGCUAGAAAAAUGGCUAGAGCUGGCUUCCCUGGUUAG